AUGGCACUACCUUCAGCCGUCGCUGAGGAGGGUGUGAGAAAAGUGUUCUCGUACAUCUCAACCAAGGUCGAAGACAAGGCGUCCAGAGCAGACACAAUCGCAAGGCUCGAGAUUGCACUCGCUCGCUUGGACAUUGCCCUUGAGAAGACAGGGAGGAUACCAGUCAUAUACGUGUCCUUGCUACGUAGUAGGAAGGAUAUCAAGGGAGUCUAUAUGGAGGGGACAGAACUGCUCAACAAGCACAAGAAGCCGCAGAAUGAGAACGAUGGCCACGUGGUGGUAAGGAGUUCCUCGUACCUUCAAUGGAUCGCCGAUAGGGCUGCAAACUUCUCCAUCUCUUCUCUUGUUGGCUUGGGCAAGGAGAAAAAGGAAGCUCGAGGAACGCUUUUUAUAAGUCUGAGGCUACGAAUCUCCGAAGACACCAAUAUCAUAGGGAUGAGUAUUAAGUGCAUCCAGAGGUUGACAUCUCAGUUCAAGCUUGUGGCUGAAUGUGCAAUAGGAGAACUCACGCUGCUGCCUAAUUUGCAGGACACUUUCCAUUCCUAUGUUCUUCCACCCAGUUCCAUCAAUGAAAUAUGUGCCUUUUAUACAGAAUUCUUGCGCCCGGAUCCAAUAUGUUGCAAUGGAAAUAGCUGCGGAACACUAGCUAGCAAGUCAUCAAUAGAAAUUCCGGAGCCAGUUACUAGGAUCUAUUUUAGUUGCUACAAUUCAGCGCCCAAAAACAACUUGCGUAACGCACCUCUGGUUCUGCACGGUGUGUUUGCGCCUCAUGUGUCUUGGUACUCCAACGAUGUGAUCCGUAUUGAGUUCGGAGGCAAAAGGGAAUGGAGAAACGGUAGUGUGCAACAACUGGAGGAGAUAGCAAGAUCAGAUGCGCUCGAUUAUUUGGUCCAUGAACCAGAACCCACGGAUUAUGCUCUGUAUUGGUUUUCUCCACAUGGUAUUGCACUCGUUACUCUGAGGGCCAUGCCAAGACCCAGCCGGAGGGUAGAGGUGUCUGCAGCUCCAAUAAUCAUCGCCAGAAGCCAGUCAGACCUCCUUGCAACAACUGCUACUUGCAAAGCUGCAACUCAGAUCGCUGGUUUGACAAUUUCGCAAGUAAAAACUGGCGCAGAUAGUGAAAGCCAACAGCGACAGACAAGGUUCUACCGCAAAGCAUAUAAUGAACAGUUCUCAGGUGUAACUACUGAGCAGGAGCCUGAAUCAUCGACUAAUACUCCUGAGUGGGUGGCAUCUGUUCUUAAUGCUUCGUUCGAGAUCGCCAGAAUUGUUCAAGGACCUGGUGUCCCGCAUCCAUGGAUUAGUUGCUGUAUCGGCCAUACUUUUGAUUCACAAUUGAAGGCUCUUCUCACUUAA